AGGCCCGUUUAAGGUUAUGAUCAAACAUUUAAAGUUGUUUGAUCAGUGUUUGCAAAAGACUUCAUUAGUUAAGCUGUGAACUUUGGUUUCUUAAGCUAGGCAUUGAUGGGAAUCUUCAACUAUACACAUUGAGGAACGAGUUAGGGUCUUAAAGAUAUACUCCGUAUUUGAUAAGCUUUCGAGAACCAGCGCAACGUCUUUGGCACUUGCGGUUAUGACAUACUCCAUAUGUCUUUUGUGACUCUUUUCAACUCCUCCGUCUUUGCAAUUGCCCAUUUAAAUCUACAAGCCAUGAAGUUCGGUUCCAUAUCACCCGAAUUGUACAUGAAAUAGUUUUAUGAUCACACAUGACCACAUGUUCUCAUAUGAAAUUUACCCUCUAAACCAAGCAUUGGUACGUACAUGUUUGGAACAUUCUGAACUCCAGUGUGCAGAUGACCCACAUUGUUAUAUUGUUUUUUGGCAAAUGGUGGGGCUCCAUAGUGUUAGAUGAAGAAAUCUCAAUAUGUUAGGGAUUGGCUAGAUUCUUCAUGUAAAUCUGUAACACUCUUCAAGACUUCCUCAUAUCUCACUGUUGUUUUGCCCACUACCGAAGAGAACAAAGUUACUAACCCAUCACGUGAAACUUGCACUUUAUUGUUAGUAAAGAAGCCCUUUCCUCAUUAUAAUCUAACUUAGUCUAGUAAACCAUACAAAGAAUGUUGUCUUGCGAUAAAUUUGGUGUGGAUUCUGACCCACGUUUGAGAAACGAGCGGAUAAGCAAAUUCUACAAUGAGUCGAUUUUGGCUAAUAAGCUAGCGGCGGAAUUAGAGGAAUUGGCGGAUAACCAAAUUCUCCAAGGAGACGAUUUUGAUGAGAUGGAGUGUAGAUUAAGACACGCAUUCUGGUGUCUGCAAGAUAAUGAGAAAAAUGAGGCCAUCAAUGGGGAAGAAAUUGUGAAGGUAUUAGAGGGCAUGUCGGAUGUUGAUCCUCACCCCUCUUCUAGACUUCUAGUUUAGUGGAAUUCAAUAUACCCUAAAGGGGUUCAGAAGUAUAUUUUCCAUUAAUCUUGUUUCUUGACCAUUGUUUUUGUAAAGAACAUCUAACCAUCAGGUCAACUUACAUGUAAAGACUAUGAACGUUAUCAUUGAUGUUUUAAAUUAUGUUCAAAUGCAAUCUCCAUUGAAUUUAGACUGUCAACACAUCCAAUAGAAAUUCAUAGUCCUAAUAUCCAUGCAAAAAAGACUUGAAAUGGAGAUUUGCUUCCAUCAACACCUUGACCAGUCUCUAAUAUGUUCUUUUCUUGUUGUCGAUUCUCUGUCUAAAACAUGGUAGAUGCAUUAUGCUGUCUUAUACGAACUUGUACUACUGCUUACAUACAAGUAUUAGUGCAUCUCCAAAGCAAAUAGCUAUUUUCAUCUUUUCUAGUGCUAUGAUAAUAUAUGCAUUUUAACUAGUUCAUCUCCACUAGCCAAGUUUGUUGAUUCUUCAAGACUAGUUUUAUUUUAGCUAGUAGAUUAAAGAAAUGUAGAUAGG